AUGAUCUCGACCCGCAAAAAGUCGUGUUCCGCGUGUGUGGCGGGCAAGCGGCGGUGCGAUCUCGACCUGCCGUUGUGCGGCCGCUGUCGCAGAUCGAGGAAGGACUGCGUCUAUCCAUGGAUGAUGGCGGUUGGGGGUUCUCAGCAGGGCUUGAGCACGACCGCACCGCCGGUGAGUGUCGGAGCGAAUCUCACGCAGGACGUGAGAGGCAUCUGGCAGGCUGGCAUGAACACCAGCAGCGGGAGUAGCAGUGGGAGCAGUAGCAGCGGAAGCAGCCACGGCGAAUCAGGACCAGGCCUUCUUGUCAUUGGGUCCGGGCUCGGGGCCGUUGGACUCUCCGCCCCUGGCCCGCCCUCCGCAACCGAGUUCGCCGCCAGUCCGGAAUUUGUCUACUUUGACAUAACCAACACGCCCGUGACAACCGGCUCCAUCUUCCAGUCGCGGACGGAGUGGGCGGCGAGCCGGUUCGCGAUGCAGCCGCAGAUUCUGGCCAUGACCGGCCAGAACUGCUUCGUCCACCACACGCAGGUGGCGUCGUCCGAGGUGCUGCAGGAGGCCCUCGCCGCCAGCGCGCUGCACUGCAUGAGGAACACGGCCAAUGCGGCGCUCGUCCGAGGCGAAAUUGCCAAGCGAGUUGCGCGACUCGUCGGAUCCAUUAGACGUGCUGUGACUUGUGCGUCCGAGGCUGCCGCGCUGGACUUGUUGCCGGCGCUGCAGGCACUCGUGGUGUACCAGUGCAUCCGCUUCUUUUCAAGGGAUGACGUUGGCGAGAGGAUGCGCGCGGAGAGGGACGAGGCUAUCGUGCAAUCGCUGUUGGUGGCCUUGUAUCCGCGCCUGCGGUCCUUUUCCAAGACGAUGGACGGCUGGUCGACGUGGAUAUACUACGAGAGCAUGCGGCGCACGGUGCUCACGGCGGAGAUCCUGUCGGGCACCUACAACUUCUUGAUGCAGGGCUGGGACCAGGCCGAGGCGCGCACGCUGCAGCUCAAGUUCACGGCGCAGGUGGCGCUGUGGGAGGCCAAGACGGCGGUGGAAUGGGAGGCGAUGUGGGCGCGGGGCCCGCGGCUGCAGGUGACGGUGCGGACGUUUACGGACGACGCGAGGAGCGCGCUGCCGGAGGACAUGGAGGACCUGGGGAUGGUGCUGUGGGCGCUGCAUCACGGGCUGGACGAGAUGGAGAACUGGAUGGGGAAGCGGAAGCCUGUGCUGGUGAAAUGGGGGUUGAGGCCGGAGGGGGAGACGUGGGGGUGA